AACUUAAGUAUCGGACUAGCAGAAUCCUAUGCCCAGAGUUUGACAGCAGGAGAGAAAGCUUUGGUAGUUUGUUUACCAGGUCCCCAUCUGAUCUUGGAACAUCUUGCCUUGACUGCAGAGAAACUGCUGAAAUACUGUUAGAAAUUUAGGUAACUCAACUGGAGCUCUUUCUGUAGGGACAACGGAGAGCUGACUCGGGAUCACAGGCUCAAGUGUAAUGGCAACUUCAAGGGUACUUUUCCGCAGACACUUUGUUGUCCUGUACCUCCUUCAGAUGGUUACACCAAGUUCAGUUUUGCAGAAAGGAAGUGGUGCAAGGUGUCAAUCCAUCUGGGAAUCCCUGUGACUUUUCAGUACAGUGUAGAAUAAGAUAAGGAAAGAUGGAACAGACAAGGGGGAUCUUGACAGAAGAUGAGAAUCUGCAUUUGGCAAAGGAUCCAUACAAAACAGCAAUAAAUACAGAAGAAUUCAUUGUGAAAGCCUUAAAGGGGCCAAUCUUGGCCCCAUUUGGUGGACAAGUUGAGCUCAGUUGCCAGUUGUCUCCACCACAGAGUGCGCAACACAUGGAGAUUCGCUGGUUCCGCAACCGCUACACACAACCCAUUUACCUGUACAAGGAGGGAAAGGACCUCUAUGGAGAAACUACCUCCAGGUAUGUGGAGCGGACAGAACUCCUGAAAGAUGCCAUUGGAGAAGGUAAAGUGACCCUCAGGAUCUUUAAUGUCAGUGUUGAUGACGAUGGGCAGUACCACUGCUUCUUCAGAAACGGUGAUUUCUCUGAAGAGGACAUCACAGAAGUGAAGGUCACAGCUACAAGCUCAGACAUACAGAUUUUUAUGCAUCCUCCCAAUACCAAAGGUCUUAUUAUGGACUGUCAUUCAGGAGGUUGGUUCCCACAGCCUCAAAUGGAAUGGAGAGACAGCAGAGGAGAGGUCCUUCUGCCUACAUCAAAAUCUCACUCACAGGAUAGAGACAAAUUGUUCAACAUGAAGAUGACCCUUCUUCUCAGUGAUUCCCACCCUGGGACUGUCACUUGCUACCUUAGAAACCCUCUAACUGGCCAAGAGGAAAGAAUAAGCUUUGUCUUAUCAGAUCAACUGUUUUCACAUAAGAAAAUUUGGAAAAUUAUUAUGGUUACACUUGUGAUGGUGCUGAUAGCCUCCAUUGCAUUUCCCAGUGUUGCACUCUGUCGCAAACAACCAGAACGAGGUAAAUGCUGCAGCAAGAAAUUUCCUUUGUUAGUGGGUGCAGGAAUAGUCUUUUCUUCAGUUGUUCUAGAUAUCGUACUCACUGUCUAUUUGUAUAAGCAUCAAAGAGUUCCUGCUUCAGAUCGACUAUUUGCAUUGGAUGCUAUCUGGGUGGAAGAUGUGAUUGUGGCCCUGUGGGUGCUGAUGGUCUUCAUCACCAUGCUCAUUUCUCUUAUUUACUUCACAAUGAAAGAUCGCAUGCAAAGCGAAAGGACAGAACAGAUAUCAAAGGUCUCAUCUGAAACUGUGAAUAGAGAGACCACAGUGAAACAAGGUGCUAACCCCUUUGACCGUGCAAAUAUCCAUAUGUUCCAAUUUCUACGUGGAGAUGAUAAUUCUGAUGGUGAAAAAUAAACUAACUGAAAUG